GUUUUGCUUGGGUUAUCGCGGCAAGACGCCAUAACACUGCUGUCGUGUUGAGUCCGAAUGUCAGAAACGCCGAAAUUUUGUUAUUUUCUAUGUAAAUGUGUCACUUUAGCGAGUUCUUGGACUGACAUUUCCUUGUACCGUUAGGGAGUAUCCCUUGUCAACUCCAUUCACUUCAAAAGAAGACCUUCGAUGUAUUUAUAAGCAAAGCUUUCUAGCUACCUAAUGGAGGAUUCGGAGACCACCACAUUGGACUCCAUGCUCAUGGAGGAAGCAAUGGCUGACACUGAAAAGUCAUCCGAAGAUGCUGUUGUUGGGGACGGCACAGAUGAUACAGCUGAUGAAUCUUUGGGACUGGCACAAGAGGGUGAACUUGGAGAUGGGGUGAUGGACAAUGAAGAUGUUGAGAUGGCUGACGGUGUUGCAGAAGACUCAGAGAACAAUAAUCUCGCACCCGAGGACUCAAUGGAUGCCCCAGCUGCACUGCUGGAGGGUGAAGAUGAGUCCGAAGAGGUGUCCCAAGAACCUCUGUCUACUUCAGAGGGUCUUCUUGGUGGCCAAUUUAUUUCACAGACUGAUAGCCUGAUUGUACAAAAUGAACCUCCCCAGCAGCUGAUGGAGGAGGCUGAGGGAGAAGGUGAUGUUGCUGACGGUGAACUAGAGGGAGAUGGAGCCAUUGUAGCUGAGGCUGAUACUACUGACGAACCCUCUGAAGCUCUUGAGAAGAGUGAAGCAGGUGAAGAGUUGGGUGAGGAAGCAUUGUUAUUACAACAGGAAGGAGCAGAGCUCCUUCAGGAAGAGCAGGAUGAGCCUGAAACAGUAGAUCUCGGGGCCCUACCUGAAGGUAUGACCCUUGUAUCAGAGCACAUGGAAGAUGAAGCAGAAGCUGAUGCUGAAGCCGACGCUGAUGCUGAUGCUGAUGCUGAUGCUGAUGCCGACCUCACUGAUGACAUGAUUCAUGGAGAGGGAGAAACAGCAGACGAUCAGGGUGAGACCACAGAUGAAGCAAUGGAACUUCCCCCGGACGAUGAUGAUGAUGAUGAGACUGAAAACAGCGCCGCUGCUGGUAUAACCCUUUUGGCUGGUUCAGAACUCAGUGAACAAGCUCUGAACGAUUUAGAGGACAAGAUUGCUGCUGUCACUGAUGGGACCUCAGUACAGCUUCUUCCUGGACAGGAGAAUCUUCAGGGUAUGCAACUAAUGGAGGGUGAUGACAAACCUGAAGAUGACACAGAAUCAGCUGUUCAAGGACAAGCUUCACAACAGGAAAUCCAAGCCCAGCUAAAUGCUGCUUUACUGAAACAGGAGGAAAUGAAAAUUGAGGAAGAAGACCAGCCAGAGUCUGGGUCCUUCCAGGAGGGUCAGCAAAAUGCUGAAGCCGACGCACUGGCCACUCUAGCAUCAGCUGCCCUCGAUCAUCAAGCCCCGACUAAUGGUGUUAAAGCUGAGCUUGAUGAUCAAAUCAAAACAGAAAGUGACAGUUCUGAACCUCAGUGGAUGGAUGUGGGCAUAUGUAAGGGAACACAUUGCCAAGUUCGUUCCUUCUAUGUUGCCCGUCCAGGCCAAGGAUGGGACCAGAACUGGGACGGUGUUACUACAAGUACUUUACCUGACCAUAGAGCUCUAGCUAAAUUAGAACUUGAAUCUGGAAAAGCCUACAAAUUUCGGGUAGCAGCAAUUAACUCAUGUGGCCGUGGGCCUUGGAGCGAGGUUGCCGCCUUUAAAACAUCUCUGCCAGGCUUUCCUGGAGCACCUUCUGCAAUCAAGAUUGCUAAAACUGCUGAUGGUGCUCAUUUGUCAUGGGAGCCUCCACCAAUUGCAUCUGGUGUCAUUGAAGACUAUCAUGUGUACCUUGCAGUCAGAACUGCAACUACGGAUUCAUCAAAGCAAGUUGUUUCAAGCGGUGCUAACCAGUUAGCAUUCGUGAGAAUAUACCAAGGCGCAGCUAAUCAAUGUUCUGUUGGUAAUGAUACCCUGAGCAAGGCUCACAUUGAUAUGACUACAAAACCCGCCAUACUCUUCCGUAUAUCAGCCCGGAAUGAGAAAGGUAUUGGACCAGCAACACAAGUCAGGUGGCUUCAAGAGGUCGGUACACCUAGCAAUCCAGCAAGACCUGCUUUUGCUCCAAGACGACCAGCCGCAGACACCAAACCUCAUGGGAAUUACAAGAGGAAAAAGAGUGAAUAAGAAAAUCUAAUGUGUAAUUUGUAAUUUAGAGGGUAUUUUGUCUGGUCAUCAACUGUUACAUUUUUCAGUUUGGUUUUCUUUUCCUUGCCAAUAUUUUUACGUCGAUUGUUCCCCCCCCAUUUCUUUAACUCUCUAUGUGUGUAUUGCGAAUCAAAACCUAGAGACUUCUCUAGCCACUUCUUAACUAUUUAUGUCCAGUCUUAAAUACUUAGUUGCCUGCUUCCAUUUUAUUUUAAGAUUUUAAAUUAAGAUACAGUCAAGUAUUUUGACUAUAGUAUUUCUCUUCCUUACAAGAUUUCUUAUCUUAUCUGUCUUCCUGUUGUUGUUUAGUAGUUCAGUGCUACUUUUAUCCUGCCACACACAAGGACUAGCUCAUCUGUCUAAAUUUCAGUAAUGUCAAAGCUUAAUGUAAUUGUGAAUUGUACAGUUUAUUUGUUUCUCUUGUCUUGGGUUUCAGCUUACCCAGAUCGGUUGUACAUUUUGCAUAGCCUGAAAAGGAAAACAAUUAAGGAAAAGUACUCUGUAGAGGAAGUGUUUCAAGAUUUGACUGACCUUGUGAGUUUUAUUUGUGCUCUCUAAAUUAGUAUUUGCAACAAGAGCUGUUUUAUGUUGAUGUGUUUCACACAUGCUUGACUCUAUACACAUUUAUAGUAUAGUGUACCUUAGGUUGUUCAAAAUAUGUACCUAAUAUGUAAACACUUCUUGUGCAGUGUGAAUUUCUAUAGUUACACACAUAAAUGCUUAAGAAACAUC